UAUCGUUGUAGUUUACAGGAGUCAGUUCGUGCAAGUGAGGGGUUAUAAAUAAGGAGAACGCGUCUGGCUGCAGCGUGUUGUCUAAUGUUAGCGAUUUUACUCGAACGGAAGGAAGGACCGCGUCAAGGAAAAUGGCUGCCUCCUUCUGGAAGAGACCUUUGGUGAUACAUGUCUUAGUUUCCCUAUUUGGCAUGGGCUCUUGGGUCUCUGUGAACUCUCUGUGGGUGGAGUUGCCUGUGGUGGUCAGCAGACUUCCUGAAGGGUGGGACCUGCCUGCUUAUCUUUCAGUUCUGAUUGCGUUUGGAAAUGUUGGCCCAAUUGCAGUAACCCUGAUGCACCAUUUUGCCCCAGGAAGACUAAAUGAGCGCUUGCUGAUCCACAGCAUUCAAGCCUUAGCUGUUAUUGCUGCUGUGUUCCUUGCCAUCUUCUGGACUGUAACUGUAGAUGUUGCUGGAAUCCUUCACUCUCUUCCCUUCCUAAUACUGACUUUCAUCUUUGCCCUGGUGUGCUGCACAUCUAAUGUUUCUUUCCUUCCUUUCAUGUACCGUUACCCACCUCAGUAUAUCCGCACCUUCUUUGUGGGUCAGGGUCUCAGUGCACUGUUCCCUUGCGUUGUGGCUCUAGGGCAAGGAGUCGGCAAGUUGGAAUGUCGAAACAACACGUUGGGGAACGGUACAUUGCAGCCUUUCUACUUAAAGGAGAACUUCCCUGCUGAAAACUUUUUCUGGUUCUUGUUUGUUAUGUUGAUCAUAUCGGGACUCUCUUUCUUAGCUUUAAACUUUGCUGUCCAUAGUGGGAAGUCCUCUGAGCCAUCUGGAAAUGGCCAAAGCAGCUCAACCUCAGCAAUGACUGCAGAAAGCAAUGAAUCACUAUCCCUUAAAGAUGGAAAUCAUCCAAAAACUGAAGAUGAAGUGGAGAUUGUUAAGACUGCCCCCUUCUGGACAGCUCAUAAUGUAUACCUGCUGCUGCUUCUGGCUUUGUCGAAUGCCCUGACCAAUGGAGUGUUACCUUCAGUGCAGAGUUUUUCUUGCCUGCCUUAUGGAAGCAUGACCUAUCAUUUAUCUGUUGUUCUGGGUAACAUCGCCAAUCCAUUAGCCUGCUUUGUGGCCAUGUUUUAUCUAUACAGAUCUAAGACAGGACUGGGCAUCCUAAUGGUGUUUGGUGGAGUGUUUGCUUCUUAUCUUUUAGCCCUUGCUGCCUUAAGCCCCUGUCCUCCACUUUUGGGAAGUCCCAUAGGAGUGGCCUUAGUGGUGGUUUCUUGGAUUGUGUUCACCGCCAUCUACUCCUACUUAAAGGUGGUUGUUGGAAGUCUGCUGCAUUCAGCUGGGCAUGCUGCUCUUUUGUGGUGUGGGGUGGCCAUCCAGGCAGGUUCACUCAUUGGCGCCCUCAUCAUGUUCCCAUUGGUCAGUGUCUAUCAUGUAUUCCAAAGUGGCCAGGAUUGUGUGAAUAAUUGCACUUAAAAGUAAGAAGUGAAACAAGCAAUACAUUCCUCUGGGUAUUGUUGUGAUCAUCACAUAUUAUUUGAGCUAUCUGGUAAAUGUUACAUUUUUAAUGGAACCAUAAGGUUAUUUUGAUUUUCUGGGGUCAUUAUUAGACAAGAUAAAAUCAUAACAAAUUUCCCAACAUGAUUACUGUAAUCAACAAGUGUUUCUGCUUUAUUGUAUUAACAUGAAGGAUAAGAAUGAAAUGUGAAACAAAAUUGCACUUGAUUCAAAUAUCUUGGUAAAAAUGUUUGAGAAGAAAAAACGUGACAAUUUGCCUUAUAUUGAUCUUUAGUUUAAAAGACAUCCUAAUGCACUCUUUGAUAAAUAUAUAUAUUUAGUUUCAGGUUUUUUGUUUUUAACUACUGAAUCUGUUUUUUUUUCGUAAGGCGUAAUGCAAAUGUCAAGCAAAGUAAAGAAAUAUUACUGAUCAGUUUUAUACUUUUGUAAUAAAUAUGUUUAGUUUGUAAUAAAUAUGUUGAACAGUAAUUUAAUUUAAAAAGAAUGUACCUUUACAGCCUGUGAAUCACAGUACAGAACUGUUAGUCACUGUGGCCAUCAUGAAUAAGUGGUCUCUGCUUCUCUCCAGGACCACUGAAAUGGACACUAUAUUGACUUUAUAACAAUCAAUGUCUUUAAUAUCAUAAUCCUGAAAAGUUGAUCAUUUCAAAGGCAGUCAACACAGAAAUGAGCUGAUGUAUUAUACUAAACAAAAAGUACAAUUCAAUUAAAAAUGGAAAAUCUCAAACUAAAACCUGUUGAAAUGAAAAACUACAAUUGCCAUAACACUCCAGGUCCAGGGUUGCCAACACCCUGUUAUGUACCGUUUAUUCCUAGAGAUGUAUAUGUGUCUCAGCAGUUUUUUUCUUUCAGAUUUAAGUGUACUUUUCUUUUUAAAGCCGAAUAAAGAAAUUGCUGCUGUUCUCACAUGUCUUUGUAA